AGCAGUGUGUUCUCUUCUUCGUUGCUGUUUCCCAGCUUUAUCGCAGCUCUGUGACGGCGAACGCGUCUUCUAUUUUCCCCUUUCUCUCUCCUGCAGUUGGCUCUCGAACUGUCUAGGUGCCGCCACAGUCUUACUGCAAUUAGUAUUCAGACCUUGUUUUCCCCCCUUUCGCCGCUGCAACGCUUUCCUCUUCCCUUUACCCACCAUCCCUUCCGCUCAGGUGUUUUGUCACGGUUACCGGGAGUUUCAAUUUGAACUUUUUUUUUACUUCUGCCAUUUGCGUCCUCGUUCGAGCGCGUGCUGUGCCGUUUUGACCACCAAAGAAAUACGCUGUAGCCCCCCACACACACCCACACACACACACCCACACACCCAUAUACAGACGUAUAUUUAUCAUCCUUCUUUUUCUUCACCGUUGCCGCUCCUGAUCAACCUCUAGCAAGCACCAUGAACCGCGCAGGAUUUGACAAGUACAUCACCGUCUUCAGCCCGGAAGGCUCGCUGUACCAGGUGGAGUACGCCUUCAAAGCCGUCACCUACCCCGGACUUCUCACCGUGGCCAUCCGCUGCAAAGAUGCCGUCCUCGUUGUCACGCAACACCAAAUCCCCGACCGUUUGAUGCGGCCCGACUCGGUCACGGCGCUCUACGAGGUCACCGCCGGCAUUGGGGCGUGCAUGACGGGUCGUGCGCCGGAUGGCCGCGCCCUCGUGCAGCGCGCGCGGGAGGAGGCGUCCGACUUCUACUACCGCUACGGCGUCCCCAUCCCGAUCGCGCUGCUGGCGAAGCGCAUGGGCGACAAGGCGCAGGUGCGCACCCAGCAGGCCGGUCUGCGUCCGAUGGGCGUCGUCACCACGCUGAUCGGGAUGGACGUGAGCGACGAGGAUGGCUCGUUGAAACCGUUGAUUUACACCGUCGACCCCGCUGGCUGGACGGGCGGCCACAUCGCGUGCGCCACCGGUAAGAAGCAGGUCGAGGCGAUGGCGUUUCUGGAGAAACGGCAGAAGGGCACCGACUUCGAUGCUCUGUCGCAGAAGGAGGCGGCGAUGAUCGCGUUGGCGGCGCUGCAGAGUGCUAUCGGCACGGCGGUGAAGGCGACGGAGGUGGAGGUGGGCCGCUGCACGGUGGCCGCCCCGACCUUCCAGCACGUGCCGAACAGCGAGGUGGAGGAGUGGCUCACGGCGGUAGCGGAGGCUGACUAG